AUGGCGUCCUCAUCGAAUCCAUACCAGCACUAUGAUGAACCACAUGUAGAAGAAGACGAAGACCUGAUAGACCCCGAUGAUGGUACACACCUUUCCAAUCCUAUCCACCCCUCCCCUCCUCUCUACUACUCUCAGAAACUAACUACCAACCCACCAGCCAACCUCGACGAUCUCGAUGACCCCCUCCAACCCACCUCCUCCCGCGCCCCCCUGACCGGCAACAUCAACACAGGCAACACCUCGACCUCCCGCCCCCUCAACGAAUCCUACCUAACCUCCCGCGUCCCCGGCGAAGACCGCCGCGCGCCCACCGACACAAUCGACGAGUCCGUCUGGGAUACCCUGCACCGCGACCUCCUCGCCGUCUGGAUUAAGAUGCGCGAAGUGCUGUACCCGAAAUACCUCUUCGGCGGCUCGAUGCUCGAGAACACGACGUCCUUCCGCGGCGCCUACGAGAAUAUCCGCGGUGCGGGCAUCAGUGGUGCGAGAGACGAGCUUGUCGGGUUGGCGGGCAGAGCGAUUGAUCCGGAGCAUUUGCUGGCGCAGGCGAAUAUGAGUGAGGGGCUGCGGGACUGGGAUCUUUGGGGCCCGUUGGUAUUUUGCUUGUUGUUGAGUUUGCUGCUUAGUUUUACGGCCAAUACGGAUCAGAAGAGCUUGGUGUUUUCGGGAGUUUUUGCCAUGGUAUGGAUUGGGGAGGCGGUUGUUACGCUGCAGAUUAAGUUGUUGGGAGGGAAUAUCUCGUUCGCUCAGAGCGUUUGCAUUAUUGGGUAUACUUUGUUCCCAUUAGUCAUCGCUGCGCUGCUUUCGGCUAUCGGGAUCCCGAUGAUUCCUAGGAUACCUGUUUAUCUGGUUCUGAUCGCCUGGUCGCUGGCAGCGGGUGUUAGUAUUCUUGGUGGAAGUGGUGUGGUUAAGAACAGAGUUGGUAUUGCGGUUUAUCCACUUCUCGUUUUCUACGUAGGGCUGGGAUGUUUAUGUUUCAUCAGCUAA